AUGCCGGGCGUGAGCGACGAGGUGUGGGCCACGGUGGUGGCCCUGGUGUGGCUGCACGCGCUGGCCCCAGACCACCACGACAAGUGGGAGCUGCUGGCACUCAAGGCUUCGGCCUGGCUGCGUGGGCAAGCUGUGCCGCUGAAGGCCGUGUCGGUGGAGGUGAGCGUGCAGGGCUUCGUGGCCUCCGUGCGCGCCACGCUCAGCUACCUCAACGCCGAGGCCUUCCCCGUGGAGGCCUCCUUCCUUUUCCCGCUGGACGACGACUCGGCGGUGCACGCGUUUAGCGCCAGCCUCAACGGGCGCCACAUCGAUGCCGUCAUCAAGGAGAAGGAGAAGGCCAAGGAGGAGUACGACGAUGCGAUGAGCUCCGGCCACACGGCCUUCCUGCUCUCUGAGGACCGGGGCGACGUGUUCCAGUGCAUGCUGGGCAACCUGGGGGCGGGCGAGGGGGCGGAGCUGCAGGUGGAGUUUGUGAGCGAGUUGGCGGUGGAGCCGGAUGGAGCGGUGAGAUUCUGCCUGCCCACGGUGCUCAACCCUCGCUACACGCCGCCAGGCUCAUCACCAGCAGACUCCGUGCUGCCCUUCGUGCCGUUUGUGAGCUGCUCCCAGCCGCUGCCCUACUCAAUGGCUUUCUGUCUCCGCGCCGAGGCUCCGGGAGGCAUAGCUGCCGUCACCUCGGCCUGCGACCUUGGGCCGGUUUCCUUCUCGGGCACUGGCAACUCCGUGGCUCAGGUAUCUCUGGGGGAAGGGUUCAAGAUGGACCGUGACGUGGAGUUGUUUGUCCACCCAAUCCAGAAGCACCGCCCCUUCGCACUGCUGGAGGCGGGCGGCACGGCUAAGGCCUCCUCUCUGAUGAGUGACACAGUGGCCAUGCUGAACUUCUUCCCGGAUGCGGGAGAGACUAAGUCCGCCAAGGGGGCGGAGGCGUUGACUCAGAAAGGGGAGUUCAUCUUUGUGGUGGACUGUUCCGGCAGCAUGACAUGCCCCAUGGUCAAUUACGGCAGCGGAUGGAGGGAGACUCGCAUCCACAGCGCCAAGGAGACGCUGAUGCUGCUGCUGAAGAGUCUGCCUCUCGGCUGCUUCUUCAACGUCUACGCAUUUGGAAGCAGCUACAACAGCUUCUUCCCGGAGAGCCGUGAGUACUCGCAGGCGAGCAUGGACGAGGCGCUGAAGCUCGUCAAGGGGAUGAGCGCCGACUUGGGGGGCACCGAGAUCCUGGAGCCGUUGGUGGCCAUCUACCGCUCGGCAUGCCGGCCGGAACACCCCCGGCAGUUGAUGGUGCUGACUGAUGGAGAAGUCUCCAACACCCGUGACGUUAUCAGCCUGGUGAAGAAGAACGCAAACAAGCAUCGCUGCUUCUCCUUUGGAAUCGGUGACGGUGCCUCCACGGAGCUGAUCAAGGGGAUCGCCGCCAGCGGAGGAGGGACGGCCGAGUUCAUCACCGGCACGGAGCGCUUGCAGUGCAAGGUGCUGAAGGCCCUGAAGUGCGCUCUCCAGCCCACGCUGACCUCCGUGUCCCUCUCCUGGAGCCUCCCCCUGGGCCUGUCGGCCAUCGUGGUGCCCGAGGUGCCACGCAGCAUCUUCCUGGGCCAGCGAAUCAUCCUCUACGCACAGCUCGCUGGCACCGCUCCGGCUGCCCCAUGGCAGGGCGAGGCAGUGCUGAAGUACUCCCUGCAUGGGGAGUCCGUGGAGAACCGGGUUCCCGUCACCAGCCAGACCGCCAACCCUGGCGAGUCCCGUGCCACCCUGCACUGGCUCGCAGCCAAGGCGAUGAUCCGCCACCUCGUGUCGGGUCCCAAUAUCCCCGACUCUACGCCGGCGCCGGGAGACGCGGAGCAGCAGAAGAAGAAGAAUGAGGAGAAGGAGGCCAAGUCUCGCCGGGAGCGAGUGGUGGCGCUGAGCGUGGAGUCGGGCGUCGUGUCUCCCUACACGGCCUUCGUCGGAGUGGACACCGACUCCCGCCAGCCACUAGGGGCCGCCAUGCAGGAGCGCCCCACCCCACGCCAUCACUUCUUUGGUGGUUCAGGUUCACCCAUGCAUGUGCGAUGCCGUCCACGCUCUGCCAAGAUGGCGAUGCCCAAGAUGAUGAUGAUGAACUCGCCGGGCAGGUCGAGCUCGCAAUAUGACGUACACAACAGACAAGAAGACAUGGAAUGCGAUUACAUCGCUCCGGAGGCUCCGGCCAAACCGCCCUUCCUGGAGCUCGUCGACCGGCAGAGGGCCCACGGGGCCUGGGAGCUGUCCGCCCAGCUGGCCUCGGUCGUCCAGUCGAGCGUGGAGGCACUGCGCAAGGAAGCUCCUGCAGGCGUGAGCGACGAGGUGUGGGCCACGGUGGUGGCCCUGGUGUGGCUGCACGCGCUGGCCCCAGACCACCACGAUGAGUGGGAGCUGCUGGCACUCAAGGCUUCAGCCUGGCUGCGCGGGCAAGCUGUGGACCUGACACUCUGCGUGAAAGCCGCCAAUCAGCUGCUGAAGACGAACGUCGACGCAAGAAAGCUGUAGCCCAGUCGGUUACCUGGCAACCACCAUGAGCUUCUUAUUAACCGCUAUCAUGUACGUUACCAUUCCCAAUCCAAAACCAAAAUCCUACACAUCACCAUCCCUAUACUAUAACCGUAAUCCUAUAAAUGAUCAUCCCCACCUUAUAACCGCUAUGCUUAUACAUUAACAUCAGCAUCCUGUUAACCUCAAUCCUAUACAUUACCAUCCCUAUACUAUAACCACAAUCCUAUAAAUUACUAUCCUCAUCCUAUAACGACUUUUCUUAUACAUUAACAUCAGUAUCAUCUUAACUCCAAUGUUAUUCCUUACUAUUAGCAUAUCAG